AUGUUGUCAAAUAAGAGUCGAGAUCGUCCGGAUGAUGAUUAUGAUCGAGAUCUUCAUUCUUCCAAACGUGCUCGUACAAGUCGUAUUGAUGAAAUUUCAUCGGAUUAUUCUCAACGUCGUGCAUGUUCUUCAACUAGAAUAAUCAAUGAAAAAGCAUCUCGUAAUGGACAAAUUGAAAAUGGUUCUUAUGAUGUUGUACCAAAAGCUCCAUCUGAAAAUGGAAUUGAUACGAAAAAACGUUCAUAUUCAGUUACUCGUCCAACAAUUCGUUCAGCUGUACCUAAUUCACAAUUAACAACAAUUAUUAAACGACCAUCACAAUCAGGACGUGCUGAUCAACAAAUUGAAUUAUAUACAAAUCAUUUUCGAAUAAAUUUUUCAAAACAAUCAAAUGAAAUAAUCUUAUAUCAAUUUGAUGUUGAUGUUGAAUUAUUAAUUCGUGAUGGUUCAUGGCGUUCAUGUAAAAAAGAUGAACGUUUACAAGUCGUUAAAAAAAUUCUUGAACAAGAACAUUUUCCACUUGUUUGGUAUGAUGAAGGAAAAAAUUUAUAUUCUAUUGAAAAUUUAAUGUUAAAUUUAAGAAAAAAAGAAUAUCAAUAUGAAAUAAAUGAUAAAAAUACUGGACAAACAAAUAGUUUUCGUUUUUUAAUUCUUAAUCUUNCGAUGUGA